GACGGUUUACACGUUAAAGAGGCCUAAGAGCAAAAGCAGAAGCGAAGAAUUUGUUCUCUAACCCUUCAACGCUCCAUAAAAUGGCCUUCAGAAAGCUCCCAAAGCCGAUGACCAUGUUGAAAUCUCUACAGACUCCUUCAGCUAUUAUCACCACAAAAGAAACCCCUAAACUCAUCCCUCUCCCAAGUGUAUCUCUAUCUCUCACUUUUCAAGAACAGCUCCUGCAAUUCCUUAGAACCCAUCUUAAAACCCCAUUCACUCCUCACGUCCUCCUCAACUUCCUCAAGAAAAAGCUACACUACCACCCCAAUUUCACCCAAUUUGACAUCCACAUCUUCCAGUGGACUUCGGAGAUUGAUUCUUUCCGCCACGGUCACUCUACCUAUGAGUGGAUGAUCAAAACCCUAGCAAUCACCGACAGGUUUGAUGAUCUCCAAUCCGUCCUUGAAGGUAUGAUAUCAAACCCAUGUCCAUGCUCCGAUGGAAUUUUUUCAUGCCCUAGGACGGAACCCAUUUUCAGAUUCGUCAUCAAUUUUUACUGUAGAGUUGGACGAUUAGAUGAGGCGUUGGUUGCAUUUGAGAAUAUGCGGAAAUUAAUUGAUGGAAAACCUACUGUUAUUGUCUACAAUAUACUGACCAAUGGGUUUGUGAAAUCGAGACAACACGAGAAGGCUUUGGAAUUAUAUGGUAGGAUGCUUAAGGAUAAGGUUAAACCAGAUGUAGUCACCUUCAAUAUAUUGAUAAGCAGCUACUGUCGGAAUUCGCAGUUUGAGCUGGCUGUGGAUGUGUUUAAAGAAAUGAGAGUUAAGGGUUGUAACCCUAAUGUGGUCAGUUUCAAUACUCUGAUCAAGGGAUUUCUUAGAGAGAAGAAGUUUAAAGAGGGAAUUAGUAUGGCUUAUGAGAUGCUUGAUCUGGGUUGUGGGUUCUCAAGUGUGACGUGCGAGGUUCUGCUUGAUGGACUCUGUAGUGAAGGUAGAGUUUUGGAAGCUUGUGAUCUCUUGAUCGACUUCUCAAGAAAAGGAGCUGUACCUCGUGAGUUCGACUUCUUAAAUGUUAUUGAGGGGCUCUGUGUGAAAGGCAAGGUUGAUAGAGCGCUGGAAAUGGUGGAUGAGUUGUGGGCAGAAGGGAAGUUCCCGAGUCCGGUUGCUUGCACUACUUUGAUAGAAGGUCUGAGGGUAACAGGAAAGAUAGAGGAAGCGUUCACAUUCAUGGAGAGAAUGCUAAAGGAGGGGAUAGUCCCAGAUGGUGUAACAUAUAAUUGUCUUCUCCAAGCUCUCUGUGAUGCAGGAAGGACAACAAAUGCAAAUAAAUUGAAGAUAUUAGCUGCAAAAAAGAGUUUGGAUCCUGAUGGUGCAACAUAUAAUAUAUUGGUUUCUGGGUAUUCCAGGGAAGGUAGAAUGAAGGAGGGGGAAGUGUUGUUGGAUGAGAUGUUGGAUAGAGGAUUUAUUCCUGAUCUUGCUAGUUAUAACAGGCUAAAGGAUGGGCUUUGUGUUGGAAAGAAAUUUGUUAUUCACCAGAGAAACGUUAGGGGUGGGUGAACAGAAAAAAGUAUUGCAUUUGGUACUGCACCAACCAUUUUGGACACUAGUUUGGUUCCCUGCUAUUGUGCCAGUGGUCAAGUAGAAAUGAUCUGUGGCAGGCUACUUUGCCUCAUAUAUGUAUAAUAUUUGAUAUGAAGAAGCGAUCUUACUAGAAGAAGACAUACACAAAUUGAGCAGUUAUUUAGAGGUCUAUUUGAGCCUUGGAAGGGCGAUGAAUGAAAAUAACAGAGAGAACAGAGAAAUUCAAUAGGAGUGUAUUGUUGCUUCUCAUUCUAAAUGAGGGACUUUGAUUAGAGAAGGUAUGUUGUGAAGCAUUGGUAGUGUAAGAUCGGUAAGAUCCUUGUGCAAAUGUAUGGAGAGCCAAUGGUGCAGGUUAAGCAGACAAUCAGAAUUGAUUCUGUUAUUGUUACUAGGAAUGACAAAAUUAGUUUGGAAAUGGACAAGUAAUGGGAAGCUCUCAACAAUGUCGGUUAUAAUCAUUUGAUAAAUUAAAAGCCAGGUCUUUAGAUGUGAUUUUGAAGGGAGAUGAUUGGAAGAUUGGGUUAAAAGCUUGCUUAAGCAGGUGAAUGAAAAACCUGGAAGACAAUUGCCAACCUUUUUCUCAAGGUGCAGUGAUCAUGUGGUGCUUUGGGAAUGCUCAUACCAAAAAAUGAAAAAAAUUCAAGACAGUGCUUGUGAUCCAUCUCAUGAAUUUAAGGGUGAAAAGUACUGUGACAGAUAUUUGUAAAUUGGAUCAUGGUUGUUUGUACCUUUCCACUGUAAUGAUGUUGUUGUUCGUAGGACUUCUCCCCUAUUUAGGGUAUUUGAAAACAUAGGGGUUAAGAAUGGUAAGGGAGCUGCUGUAGCUGUGAUUAUAGAUGGUGGAGGAUAAUUUUUGAGGGCCUUGUAGAGGUUGUAUAUCUGAAUUCCCCUGAAGAAAUUGCAGCUCUAGGAAUUAAAAUUGCUCUGCAAAUUUGUGUAACAGAAAAUCUAAGGUGGCAGUGAAGGAAUUUUGAUCAACCUUGGAAAGCAAGAUAUCUACUUAUGGGAUUCUUGAGCAUGAUGCACAAGUUUCCUAUUACUCUUGUAAAUCAAAUGAGUGUGCUGAUAAGGCUUGGAAAGUUUAGUGUAAAGCAUUGUAACCAGAACUCAUGUUGGUAUUAUGUAAUUUCAUGGUUGUGCUCA